CGAAGCGUCCGCAGCGAUCGCAGUAGUGAAACAUUAGUUCAGCUUUACGCCAACAGAGGGCACGCACUGCACGGUUACCGUUUUUUUUCUGCCAACACCGUCAGAGAGACACUCAGUCAGUCUGUUUGUGACUUGUGAGUGCAUCGUGUCGGAGCGUUUUGGUUUAGUGUGUUUUUUUUUAACCGUCCGCGAGUUCUUCCGUAUUUUUGGUGUGAUUUGUUUAUAUUGUGUUCAGUGUAAGGCGUGGACUGGCUUAUCGAAAUAAAAUGGACUGAAGGGACGCAAAUAUUUCUUCCAAGGAUGAGAUCCUGACGAGAAACUUAUCUUCUGGAAUGAUGGAACCGCCACUCACGAGUAAAGUCCUGCGGGUUCCGAGCCUGAAGCGAGGCCAGGAAAACGUGAGGAUUCAGGACAGGAUUAAGCUGGAACGUGUCCUGGGUGUAACCGUGUCGAGCAAUGCAGCUUUGGACUGUGACACAACCAGCGAGCUGGUCGCAUAUCCUGCUGGCUGCACCGUGGUACUGUUCAAUCCACGCAAAAACAGUCAAACUCACGUGCUGAACGGAUGUCGCAAGACUGUGACUUCCCUUGCGCUGGCAGGGGACGGCAGACUUCUGGCUACUGGAGAAUGCGGACAUAUGCCGAAUGUUCGCGUCUGGGAUAUUUCCGAUCCCCACAAUGCCGUUCAGAUUGCCGAAUUUCCUGGACACAAGUAUGGCAUCAAUUGCGUGGCGUUCUCACCGAGCAACAAAUACGUCGUCUCCGUCGGCUCGCAACACGACAUGAUCGUCAACGUCUGGGAUUGGCGGAACAACGUGAAAGUCGCUUCGAACAAAGUCUCGAGUAAAGUCAAAGCCGUGUCUUUCGCCGAGAAUGGCAAUUAUUUCGUCACCGUUGGCAACAGGCACGUGAAGUUUUGGUAUCUGGAAUACUCGCGCAACGCCAAGUACAAGGAGCCUGUACCUUUAAUGGGCAGAUCCGCCAUACUUGGUGAACAGCGGAACAAUGAUUUCGUCGACGUUGCUUGCGGCAGAGGUGAAAUGGCAGAUUCCACGUACGCAAUCACCAAAACUGGUCUCCUAUGCGAAUUCAACAACAGGAGGCUGUUGGACAAGUGGGUCGAGCUGAGGACAACCAGUGCCAAUUGCAUGGCCGUUGGAGACAAGUUUAUUUUUAUCGGAUGUGCCGAAGGAAUUGUACGGUGCUUCAGUCCUGUCACAUUGCAAUUUAUUACUACUCUACCCAGAACUCAUUAUUUGGGUGUGGACGUUGCCCAGGGAUUAUCUAUAAGUCAUAUGUCUCAGCAUCCACCGAACGCAAGGUAUCCUGACGCCAUAGCCUUGGCCUUUGACGAACGCAAUAAUAAAUUGACCUGCGUCUAUAACGACCACAGCAUCUACGUCUGGGACGUGAGAGACAUCAGAAGGGUGGGCAAGUCCCAUUCCUUUCUAUUUCAUUCGGCCUGCAUUUGGGGCGUUGAAAUGUAUCCUACGGGAGCUGAAUCUAUCAACGCUAUGCCGCCAGGUAGCUUUAUAACAUGUUCCAGUGACGACACUAUACGCGUUUGGAAUUUAGAGAAGGAUAUCUCACCCAGCGAUACUAUGUACAAGAGGAAUAUAUAUAGCAACGAACUCUUGAAGGUCUUGUACGUAGACCCAGAAUUGACCUACUUGAAAGACUUGGAUCUAGCUACCGCUGGUUCCACGGAAAAAAACGACGCGUCCUACGAUGGACGUAAUGGCGUUCGGUCGAUACGUGUCAGUCCCGAUGGGAAGCACCUUGCUUCCGGAGACAGAGCUGGCAAUAUCCGAAUUCACGACGUACCCACACUUGAGGAAUUGUGUCUAGUCGAAGCACACGACGCUGAGGUACUUUGUCUGGAAUACUCUAGGUUCUCACGGCACUCUUUGAAAUCGCCCAGGUUGUUAGCAAGUGCUUCCAGGGACAGGCUCAUUCAUGUGUUUAGCGUUGAUCAGGGUUAUAAUUUUCUACAAACACUUGACGAUCACAGUUCCUCCAUUACUGCUGUUCGAUUCUUCAAUCAAACGAAUCAGAGUAAUCAAAUACAGAUGGUGUCGUGCGGCGCGGAUAAGAGUAUUAUAUUCAGGCAAUUGCAAGCUAUACCAGGUGGCAUUCCGCAGUUUGCCAGAGGUCACAAUGCUCAAGGAAAGACAACUCUUUACGAUAUGGAAGUUGAUUCUGGUCAAAAACACGUCCUCACGGCAUGUCAGGAUAGAAAUAUUAGAGUAUACAACGUAACGACUGGCAAACAUAGUAAAACCUUUAAGGGUUCCGUCGGCGAAGACGGCUCUCUUAUCAAAGUUGUCCUAGAUGCAUCCGGUAUUUAUGUGGCUACCUCCUGUACCGAUAAGACACUAUGCGUUUAUGAUUACUACAGCGGAGAAUGCAUGGCUACGAUGUUGGGUCAUUCGGAAUUGGUAACAGGACUUCGCUUUAGUCCCGAUUGCCGUCAUUUGGUUUCUGCUAGCGGAGAUGGCUGUGUUUUCGUGUGGCGGGUACCUCAUGACAUGGUAGUGACCAUGCAAGCACGUCUUGCUCAGCAGGCCAUGCGUGCUGGAAAACGGGUGCCACAAGUCAACGGCAGUGGUGUCAACAUCCAGCUGGACAAUGAAACUUUUGGAUCGCCUCCUAAGGAAUUCCUUGAUCCUAAUGCCAAUCCGACACCCCAAGGGAAUGGGCCGGACUAUCGGUUUAGUGUCGGGCAGUUGCCACUCUGGGCUAAAAAACAAAUCGACACUGCUGCCACCCAGGAAGAAACUGCUCCCUUAGGGUCUGGUGUCAGGUCUCUUGGCGUUGAUCUACCGAAGGGACGCUGGGCUCAACGGGUACAACAGGGGGACGCUAUUACUGUCAAGUCAGUUUACGACAGCGAUGAGGUUAUACCAUUUCCUCCUCCUCGAAGUGCCAUUGACUCUGAUGGAGGUGGUGGUGGUGGUGGAGGUUCUAAGGACAGCUCCAUCGACAGUGGAACCGAAACGAAAUGUAGCAGUGACUAUCGACGCGACACUAUGAUCAUCAAAAGGGAGGAGCAAGAAUUUCAUCCAUGUCCAGAUAGUUACAGAGAAUUGACUGACGAUUCGAAGCAGGUGACAGGCGGUAACGUGACCAUUACUAGAGGUAGCAAUAUCACGGAGUUGACACGUCUAUCGAGGAGUCGCCAUCACACCGAUGACAGCAGUCUUGGCAGCUUCAAAUUCGAGGACCAUGAGAGUACCGAGCAUGAUGGAGACGUAGAGGAUUACUCCGAGGGUGAAAAUGGAACGACCGGCUCUGAGAAAUCUCAUCAUCGUUUAAUGUACUAUCCUCCACCAGAAGAUAUCGUAUCCAACCAGUUUACGGUGAACGCCAUGGAUGUUGAGGAACUAAGAAGAUCUCAAAGACGAUCGAAAAAACCCAGAAGCGGUGAAAGUGGCCGGACCAGUGAAAUGACUGCUUCUGGUAGCCAGGAAGAUUCAGACUCAGAAGGCGGUGCAUCAACGCCUAGUGCUGAGAGAAAUCCCUUGUCCAUGCUGUCCGAAGCAAGUUCCGAAGGAUUUGAUCAGAUGGCUAAUCAAAGUCAUCGGGAAAAAUAUCUUAAGAAUGCAUUUGAGUCUCUCAGUGGAGCUGAUGAACCAACGAAUCGAACUAAGACUACUAGCAUCAGUUCCCAGUUUCACGGAAGGAGCAGCGGUGGUGAAGUCUCUACGAAUAAAUCACGAAACACGGCUGUAGUGAGUGUGUCGAAAAAUCGUGAGGAAUUGCAAAGGAGGAUAGAGGAAACAAGAAGAAAAUUACAAAGCGUUGGUUAUAAGUCAUCGUUAAAAUCCAGCCAGAGCAUCUCCGACCUAAGCAGUCACAUUCCGGAAAAGCAUCAUCGUCAAAAUAGACUCAACACAGGUAACAGAUCAGAUCAAACACACCACUCCGCAAAACCGACUAAUCCCUGCAAGCCCAUGCCAAAUCCAAAACCCAAAUUUAACCCCAAGCAACUCGCUAACAAAGUCCAGGGUGUGGGAAAUGCUUUAUCCAUACUCGAAGUACCAAACGAAAAGUGUAUGCCCAAAAGUCAAACCACCUCGUGCAUAAGCGAGCGCGCAAAGACCGCAGUAUGCCGUCCGCUAACAUUGACUCUUAAGAAAACUGAAAAGUAUAAGCUGUCCAUAAAUAAGGCUAAUCAGUCAUUGCCGGAGUCGCCGGUUUGCGAGGAAUUAAAAAUCUUGAAGGAACGCUGCAGAAAAAAUGCCAAUCGUUUCGCGAGAUUCGCACAGAAGAGAAAGUCCUGCAGCUAUUUCAUAGGCCUCGAUAACAACGAGGAAGAAAUGGAGAAUAUUGCAAAGUCCUUUGAGAGUCUACCAGCUAUGAAUGAGCAUAACAUCGAGACUCUUACCCAGCUCUCCGACGAGGACGAAGAGGAAGGAAAUGGAAACUUCAGCGACGAUUCCUUAGAGGGUGAUUUCAAAAACCCCCCACGAAGAUGCGUAAGCGAUUAUCAGAUAAAUAUCCAAAGAGAUAAUCUCACGGAAAGUAAAAACUAUUCCAAUUAUCAGAGUCUUUACAAGAAAAUUUUGACUCGCUCCCAGGAAAGUAUCCUUUCGGAUGCGUCAGUAGAAUCCUUUUCAAAAGGUAGUGCUGAACUUUUGGAUUGUAAUCAGUAUGAUCACGACAGACAUUCCAGUGCGAGUUUCUUUUUAUCUCGACGCAAGAUGCAAGCUGGAAGAAGUCAAGAGAGUAUCCUGACUGAUGAGUCUGAUUAUCAAAUGUUCCCACUGCAAGAAAAUGCCGAUCACAGAAGUACCGAAAGUAUCUUGACGGAUGACUCAGAUUCUCUGGUAAAAUCUGCACCCCUAGAAAUGCUAUUCGAUUCGCAUUAUAAGCGUAAGAGACAGAACUCUGAAACUUACAGUGGAAAUCCUAAUCAUACCGUCGAGAGUACGGUUAAUACUGAACAAGCAGCUGAUACUUCGAGUCUGCACAGAGCAGUCUUUAGAUCAAAAUCUCUUCAAGAUACAAGACUGAACGAAACAAAGGCUGGUAUGAAUUUUAUGAACGACAAUGUACAGCCAAAGACAUGUGUUUACUAUGAGUUCAAUUUUGAUAACGAUAAUGAAAAAAGUACUGAUUUCAAUGACGGAUCGAACAGUAUAGCCAACUCCAGAAGUAAUAGCUUAAAGGUACCUACUGAGCCAAAGUCCAUGUUGAUCUUAAACGAUUUUGUAGCGCACAAACCGCCUAAGCCAAAGAGAAAUUCUUCCCGUACUCAAAGUAUGCGUAACAGAGCAAGACCAGCUUGGAAUAAAUACAAUGUGGAUCCAUCCACUCAGCAGCCGCAGGCUUUACGAAAUCUACAGUCGUCUGAACAAACACCAAAUCCCGUUAAUGCAAAUACUCCAGAAUUCGACAACCACGAAUCAGAGAAAAAAUGCGAUAGAUUUAUACAGUCGCCAAGUUAUUCUGUUCAGCCUUGUGAAAGUGAAACGGAAAGAAAUAAAUAUUUUAGUUUGCAAGUGAAUCACAGUAGCAGUAUGAGCUUACCUAAAGAAGCUAUAUAUGGUACCGAUAACAAUAUUGAAAAUUUGUCAUAUCAAAACAUUAACAAUGCAGACGACGAUAGCAAGGAUCGUGAUAACUCGAGCAUAGGACAAAGUUCAUCCCAUGAACGAGACUGUGAAACAUGCUUUGAAAACGAGAUUCCUACCAAAGACACACAAGAGUCGUAUGACUCCUUAGAGCCAAACGGUGCUCCAUCCUUUGAAUUGCAAUCUGCAGAAUUACAAGUAUCCAAUAACACCUUGCCUCUUGAAAAUAAGGAAUUCGACAAUACAGACACAAGUGUUGAUAUAAGGAUAACUCGAGCAAUAGAAGGGACUGUUAAACUUCUUUCCAAGGAAUUUGAAAAUCUUGUCAGAAGAGAACAAUAUUUCGUGAAAGGAAAGGAUUUGAGACUGAUACACUGUCAAGAGAAUUUUGCUAAACUCGAAGCAGAAAGGGAUACAAGAUGUUCCAUGUUCAGACGUGAAAUUCGUGCUCAUUCCGGUGGUGAAGAUAGUGAUUGCGCUGAUAUCUCUGCGAUGGAUAAAUCUUUAAUGGAAAGUGGAUCAUCAACGCCUGGCUCAAGUUGUGCCAAUUCACCAAAACGAUUAUGGCCGCCCGCUUCACGAUGUCAGAGUCAAAUGAAGUGGACGAAGACUUUGCCAACUAUCAACCAAUCUGUACUCCCUUCGAAGCAUCAUUAUCCAGUUGCAGGAAAACUAGGUAGUAAAAAUACAAGCACUUCCUCUAGAAGCGGAAGUGGAGGUGCUAACAGUGGAGGACAGUCUAGGCAUGUAGCCGGAAAGAGUCAUUCAACUCAUAUGACAAGAAGUAGUAGCGUUGGUGUACUAAAUCAGAGUGACUCUGAGUCAGAUGUGGGAGUAGCAGUAAGCGGAAGAAGUUGGAACACUCAAUCUGGAAACAAUAGGAUGAGUGGACUGAUGAGACCAACAAUUAGUUCACAGAAUAAAGCCAAUCACCAGAUCAAAUCGAACUCUUCGUCAAGUACGAAUCUUCCCUCAGUCUUAAGAAGACGGGGGAUGCAAGGAGCUUACUCCAGUGUAAAUCUAAGUCAAGUUGGUAAUCAAGAGGAUUCCAGCUCGGAAGACACUUCGUCAAAUGGAAAUGGAGGAAAGCCAGCUUUACCUCCAAGGCCUAGAAGUAUCAGUAUCGACCAUUCCUCAGCUAGUUUAAGUAUAGCCAAUGCGACAAUAAGAAGGUCUGGAUCAUCGUCAGUCAUAACAAAUGGCCGAACAGGAGGUACAACGGGUCAAGGAAACUCGCGAAUGGCCGUAGCUAAUCGUAAUCAACUUGAACCCAGUCCUCAGGAACUUCCUGUGAAAGAUACUGACCGCGCCAUUGAUGUUGCCAGCGCACAGCUAGACAUGGAUAACAAAUUAGUGUCCACUCAACUGUGCAAUACCAUCGCCGACGAACUCACCAGGACAGCCGACAACGUCGUCCAGCUAUACAAACGACUGACCAUCGACAGCAGUGGCGAUCCAUCGAAUCCAGCUCUCGACAGAGACAUCAUGUUACGCGGUCUUGAGUCUUCCGUUAACGAAGCGAUGCGCACCCUUCGGCUCGUCGCAGGAACCGGAGGAAGUCACGAAGACAGCAACAACGACACCGUCACCGCGAACGAGGCUACGGCAAAGUUUCAAGAAUUAGUCGCUGGUCAGGACCAAGGUAAGGUGGUGAACAUGAUGCAACAGUACUCGGAAUUGCUCCUGAGCAUGAUGCAGCAGAGGAUGGGGGGAACGCAAUCAAAUCAUACCUAAAUCAGAAAGAGAUAAUGAAAUCCGUCCACGCAAGCAAUGAUACGGAGAUUAAAUAACAACGGACCUCAGACGUAACUUCAGUCGUCGCGAUCAUGCGUACGGAAUCGGAGACACGCAUUUCGUUCCUGACCCUCCUGCCAAUGGUAGUUCUGUACGAAGAUCUUUCUGUUGCUACCACGUACAUUACACGCAAACAGUUAGACAUAAUUUCGUAACGUACGUCAACUCCAGUUAUCCUGCCGCUCUAGCCAGAAACAAUGUUACUAAUUGCGAUUGUGCCAGAGUCACUAACCGAACAAACUUUAAUAUUUAUACGUCAGCUAUCGCGCGAUAAUGCAACUGCUUUGUCGGUGAUAAUUGUAUCUUCCUCUCCUCAAAUUGUAAUUUAUUGUCAUUCGAACGUUAAAUUGAGUAUGUACGUUAAUCUUGUCACGUUUGACAUCCUUUCAGUACAUUAUUGUUAAUUGUUCUUGCAUGGCGAUAAUGGAUUUUUGGGGGACCGUACGAUUAACGUGCGUCAAAAAUUUCAAUAUUACGCGCUUUUAGAUAAAAAAAAAAAACCUAUGGAACAUUUUAGCAUUGCAAGCAUAUUGAAAGCAUUUAAAAAGUACCGUGGCACACUUCCGUAUUUCCAAUUGUCUUUAUCUAAGGGCAAACAUACUUAACCCGCUUAUCAUACUUUUUGAGGCCAUAUGCCGCCGUGAAAUGCCAAUUACUAAAGACUCCUAGUUUAGAUUACAGUUUGGUCAAAUGAAUAUUUAUCGAAAUAUUAAGCGAUAUCGUGUAACGUUAUUAAAUAGUUUUUCGUUUUAUAACCAAAGGCUGUCUGUACCUAUGGUCUAAGGGUUGAAAAACUUUCUUCCUUCCCCUGCGACUAAAGUUCAACGAGAACAUUGAGAAAUUCGUAAAUAAUUAUCCGAUAUAUUAAAAAGAAAAACAUGUCAAUACAUGAGAAAUGUCUAUUUAAUUAUUACAUGUAUCCGAGCGUUGCGUAAAGUAAUUAAUCGGCUUUCUAGAAAUAUUCAGAAAUUUAUGGGCAUGCGCAAGUAUCUGAUCUUGGAUUUCGGACUUGAUGUACCAUUUGAACCUUAUCUGUAUCACUAUUUUGUGCAUCGCGCGCUGUUAUUACCACCGUUAAAUGUCAUCAUACUUCAGUUCGUCAAUUUUUCCUUAAUACUUCCUUUCCUCAUAUAAAUUUCCUCGUCGUGUUAGCGAAACACUUGUUGUUAUUUAUAUAGAAAAAAAAACGUAAGAGGUAUCGUGAGUGCAGUACAUUGUGAGUACGAUUCAUGUUAUUUUUAUACUGAUCGACAACGUUUUCCGAAAUCUACAAAUCAAUGUAUGCGCAGGCCUUGUAAAUGAUUUUACCUUGUCAAUAGUAACAGUGAAUGUUGUCAUAGGAAUUGACGUAUACUCACAUAUUUUUUCACAUACGCAUGUAAGUGCAAGAGAGAUGGAUCUUUUGCAAUUCUGGGAUUCUGUACAUUUCCGUUUUUAAUGAUUGUGCUCAAUUAACAAAUAACAGAUUUACGAAUUUUACGGGGAUAAAAAGGAAUUGCAUGUAUGUUCGUGGUAUCGAAAUAUUAAAAGAAAAAUAAAAUAAAAUGUGUAUUAUUAAUAUUUUUAACUUUGUAGCGAAUUACGUAUUGUUACUUUUUUUUCUCUAACUGUGUACACUAUCCUUCUUUAUUCUGUAAAGUCGCUCUCAUAGUGUAGUGUCAAAACUGUGCCAUUUAGGAUAACGUAUUAGAAUCAAUGCUAAUGUAGCGCUAAUAAUGCGUUAUGGUAAAAAGUUGAAUAAACCUUGUAAACUUUUUGUCUUCAACAAAUCGAUACGACCAUCUUGGUUGACUCGAUGGUUUUUCUUCUUCCUUUCACGACUUCAAUACAAUUGGCACUAUUCAAUUUGUACAAAAAUAUAAAGUCUUCUCCGAACGGGUAAUAAAACGUGGAUGCAAAUGAUAUUCUCUUUCAGUUAGAUAGGCAUUGUAUUCAAUAAUACACAUUUAAAAUUGCGUUAAUCAUAAAUUAUAGUAAGAAAAAGUAUUUUGUAUUCGGGUAUCAUGCCAUUUUUCGAUAUCAAGUAUUAAUGUAACUGUAUCUCAAUUCACAUAGAACUGAGAGAAACUGCUGUUCACGAAGCGUUAGACGUUGAAUCUCAUUAAACCAUAUUAAAUGCACUUAACCACCUCAUGAUAAUGUUUUCAUCAUUCCAAAUUAUUAAUUAUGUUAAUCGUCAUUGCGGGAAAACAUUUUUAACCACGUGAAGCUUUUCAUCGAAUUUGUACAUUGUUAUACACCUUACGUUAAGAUUUAGUAUUAAUCGUCAUGCGCAUUAAUCGUUUACUUAUUUCUUUCUUUUCUUUCUAUUUGUAAAUAUUAUACUCUGUUGCAUAACCAGAAAUGGGGAGCGACUGUAACCGUUACGAAUGCCAGAUGUAAUGUUUCCUGCAUAUAAACAUGUAACUUUUUGUAGUGUCCCAUUUUGUAUAUUAUGUCAAUAAUUAAUAUAUAAUAGUUCAUGCCACCUUCAGUUUAUCCAAGGGACGACAAAGUGCGGUUGACUUUAUGCCUUGUGCGAGUCUCCCUUUAUUCCUUUAAGUGUAUUUUCCAAGGCUUGCGACCAGAGCGAUGACAUUGAGCGACGACGAUAAUUGUCCUUCCAAUCGGUCAUAGAUGCUAGAAAAUUAAUAUUGAAAACAUAAAUGUAUCACUAUUGUUUUCUAUCAUGGAAUCAUGCCAAACUGUUCGGUCCUAUUAAGGACGUGGCAAGGACAUCCAUGCGAAUUCAGGGUAACCAAUGAGGUAUUUAUCGUGAGUAUUUUUUUUAAUAAUUCGGAGAUGCAAAUCGAGUAGACGUAUAUACAUAGAUGGCGCGAGUAAUGAUGUCAUGGAAUUUUGUAAUUAUUAAUUGUAAUAAUACUGAAUCCGAAGUCAGAGCCAAUUAUUAGAUUAAUUUCUGCAUUGCAGAGUAACGUAAACUAUUUAUAGGGGAAGCAUACGAGAAAGAAUGUACCAGGCAAUUCGCCCUGAGUGCAGGAUGUAUGAAUCUUCAUUAUUCUCUCGCAGGCUCUUUGUUUUGUUGAACAUUGAAUUUUGAAUGAAGGAUUGUCUGGAUUUUUAUUUCAAACUUUCACGCAAACGACAGUGCGCUUUCGUCGCAUUGAUGUUUCACUUAAGUUAUUCUGUACUUUCGAAUUACAUAUUUGGAAUAGAUCCAUGAAAAAAUUGUAUGACUAAAUAUGGGUAACUAAUCUGUAUGCUAUAAAUGUAUGUAUGCUGUAUGAAUGGAAUGCAAUGUGUAAAUAACACUAGUAUACAUUUUACUGUGAAGACAAAUGUUUUAGACUUCAAUUACAACCAAAUAAAACAUAUAAAAACGUA